CACCUCUCCCGCGUCCUUUUAUCCUUCCCUCGUUCUCCACCUAACCACUUCUUUGUCCUGGACCUGCGCCUUCACCACACGGCGCGGAUUGGUCUACUUCAUUUAGCUCGAGAGCUUCCCGCUUCAUUGUAUUCGUCGCGUCCUUGCGUGGCGAACCACCCGCGACAACACCACCUACCUUCUUUCACCUGUCCAUCUGAUCAUCAUCCCGCUUUUCCCGGUCGCGUUCCACCCAGGCAAGCCUUUUUUAAUUGAUACCCUCGCGCCGUGGUCGAGCUUCGUUUGCUUGCUGUUGUUCCCCCCGACAGCAGUCAUCGGGCAUGGCUCCGUAGCUGUCGAGCUCGAUUCCCUUUCUUUUCUCAAUCGAAACACCCCGCAACUCCUCGACCAGUGCUACCUCGCUACCGGUGAUAGGGAGGUAGGGGGAAAUCUGGAGGGGGUUGGAGACGAAGGAAUUGAUUACAAUCCGAAACUCAGAUUCAGGCAUGCUUCUCCGGUUACCACCCAGUCUCCAUUACCCAAUCACCGUCACGUCGCUGCUUAAACAGCCUGGUGAUGCGGUGGAACGUGAUGAGGCAUUGUUCUGGUAUGUUUACCAGACUACCGUCACGGAGGGUGAUGGGCUGGGGAACAAGGUGGAGGUGAAGCGCAAGUUUCCGACGAAGUUUGAGUCGACCGUUGAUGGAGAGGUGGUGCAGUGGAAGAUUGCCAAGGGAGAUGUUAUUGACGAACCGGUGGAUGUUCUGGAGGUUGAUGAGCCAUGUGCGCACGAGGUUCAGUUUGGCGGUCUCUGUGCCGAGUGUGGCAAGGAUAUGACUGAGUCGUCAUAUAAUACCGAGGUGGCAGACGUGAUGCGCGCACCAAUUCAGAUGGCCCACGAUAAUACCACACUGACCGUCAGUGCACGAGAAGCCACACGAGUGGAAGAAGAUGCGAAGCGUCGUUUGCUGUCAAACCGGAAGCUCUCGCUUGUUGUCGACCUGGACCAGACUAUUAUUCAUGCUACUGUCGACCCGACGGUGGGUGAAUGGAUGCAGGAUAAGGAGAACCCGAACUACCAAGCUCUGAACGAUGUCCGCGCAUUUCAGCUGGUGGACGACGGACCGGGCAUGCGUGGAUGUUGGUACUAUGUGAAAUUACGACCUGGGCUAGAGUCUUUCCUGCAGAAUGUGUCAGAGAUGUUCGAGCUACAUAUCUACACCAUGGGAACGAGGGCUUAUGCGCAACAUAUCGCUAGUAUCAUAGAUCCAGAUCGCUCACUCUUUGGCGACCGUAUCCUCAGCCGUGACGAAAGUGGCAGCCUGACGGCCAAGAACCUGCACCGGCUGUUCCCGGUGGACACCAAGAUGGUGGUCAUUAUUGACGAUCGCGGGGACGUCUGGCGCUGGAGCCCUAAUCUCAUCAAGGUGUCGCCCUAUGACUUCUUCGCUGGCGAGAAGCCAGCGCCUAAGCCAACGAAGGGUGCACUGGAGGAGCACCAUGUCAAUGGGGCGACCGCGAAGACCAAUGAGCAGAGCGAAGUCUCGACAUUGGAACAGCUGGUGACUAUGGGUGGCGGAGACAAUCCCAGACUAUUGCAGGAGCAGACUGAUGCACAGGAGGAAACGAUCAUGCACCAGGUGGAGGACCGGCCAUUGCUACAGAAGCAGCGAGAGCUGGACGCGGAGGAUGAUGCGGCGGAUAGUAGCGAUACUUCCAGUAGCAUAGACGAUUCUCAAGAUUUGAGCAAGCACCGACAUCACCUGUUGGAAGACAACGAUCGGGAGCUGUUCGACUUGGAGGUGCGCCUGGAGCAAGUGCACCGGAAUUUCUUUGACGAAUACGAUCGAAGAAGGUCACGGGCGCUGGGCGGCCGAGUGGCGGCUCUGCGAGGCGAAAAGGUGCCAUCUAAGGAGAAAGAUGUUGACCUGAAACUGGUACCCGAUGUCAAGGACAUUAUGCCCCAGAUCAAGCGUCGCAUUCUCGGCGGCGUCGUCUUGGUGUUCUCCGGCGUCCUUCCGCUCGGCACAGAUACGCAGAAUGCUGACAUCUCCCUCUGGGCGAAGAGCUUCGGCGUUGCUAUCUCAUCAAAGAUCAGCUUAAGGACCACACACCUUGUGGCUGGACGCAACCGCACCGCCAAAGUCCGAGAAGCGACAAGGUACCCCAAUAUCAAGAUCGUCACGACGCAGUGGCUCCUGGACUGUCUAAUCCAAUGGAAGCGACUGGCGGAGGAACCAUAUCUGCUGCCGGUGCACCCUGACGACCGCGGGGAGCCGAUUUCGCCCGGAUCCAAAGAGUUUGUUGAGAGCUCGUGGCUUUCGUCCUCCGACGACGCGACAGGGGACUCCAUGGCGGAUGACGAGGACGCGACCGAAGACCUCCUUAAGUCGGCGGGCAUGGAUCAAACGUCACCCAUUGGCUACGAUGAAGAGCAACAAGCAGCCGUGCAUGAGGAGCUGAAGGAGUUUUUGGGCAGCGACGACGAGAGUGAAAGCGAUAGCGAUGUGUCUUUGGUGGACGAGAUGGGACCGAGCAAGAAGCGGAAGCGCGAGGAAGGCGAAGGUAGCGGGGACGAGGAGAUGGACAGUGCAGGCGAGGAGGGGGAUGUGCCGGGCUCGCGGCUGUCGCAGCGGAUCAAACGGUCGUAUGAACGGAGCACGGGGCUGAAGGAAAUGGCCAGCGCGGGGACUGAGGGGGCGACGGCUGCAUCGACGACGGCGGACGAGGCGGACGAGGCGCCAGCGACGCAGGGCCCGGCGGGGAGUUCCCCAGUGGACCCGGCGGAGGAGGAUGACGAGCUAGAGCGAGAGAUGAUGGCGGCGUUUGAGGACGGGGAUUACAACUCCGAAGCAGAGGAGCAGAUUGCAAACGAAAACGGUUGACAUGAUCGGACAUAUGGUUGGAUUUGAUGUCAUGUUGGAUAUGUACUUUUCAUUGGCAGGGAAGGGCGUUGCGAAGCUGUCGACGGGAGCAUUUGCUUGAGUCGGUAUGCGAUGAUGGCAUAGCGAGGGCGUUUAGUGCAGCGCGAAAAAAAGAUGUCACAUACUAUGGUAUAUUAUUGGUCAAUUGACUAUAUUCUGGG